GAUUGGUGGGUUCGGACGGCCGAACCGUGUUUGAAUUUCGUUAACGGCGGCGGCAGAGGCGCCGCGCGGGGCGGUGGCGGUGCAGAGGGCUGUAGCUGUGCAGGCAGAGAACUUGGGACAGUGUGACUGCGAAGAUGUCUAGGCCACAAUCCCGUUAUUCCUUUGAUGCCCCAAACAUCUGCAUCAACUUUGCGACUCUGAGUGAGGAUGAUGUACACAAUGCAGACUCCUGGUUUGACCAAAAGGCCAAUYUGGAGAAUAUCCCUCCUGCAGAAAAUCUGGCAAAGGUCUUUCAGAGCAGCCCUGCUUGUUCAAAGCCCGAUGUUGUUCUGUCUUCUGUUCCGUCACAAGAAAUAGCAAAGAGUGAAAGCGAUGAUGAAGCAGAAUGUGCCCAGGCCAACACAGUCCCUCAGAAUAUUGUUGGGUCCUUGGCAACCUGGAGAGCUGCUGCCCCUGCAGAGGCCUCUCAGAGAGCGAGCAGGAGAUUGGCUGCAAAGCAGGGGAAAAGCCAGCAGCGCAAACAGCCAGGCAGAAUCAAAGCAGAGAGAAUUGCUAAUKCCAUGGAUAAUAAGGAAGAGGUUCCACCCUUGAAGAAAAUGAGAAUYUCUGGCAGCAGAGAGAAGGUGACAGAAGCAUCCACAAAGAGAGAGCCCCUGCAGGAUCCUGACCUCUCCCCAGAGAGAGGGAAAGGCAAACGAACCAUGCCCUCCACGCCAGCAAUGUUGAAGAGGACCAAAUCUAGCAAGUUGAAGAGUACAGAAGAGCAGGAGCUGGAAAAGAUGCAGCAGUUGCAGCAGGAGGUUAUGGAGCUGCGGAAGAAGAACGAGGAGUCUCUGAAAGCAGCUAUUGCUGGARCAGGACAACCCCUGAAGAGACCUGUUGGUCAAGUAACAAAGCCAAUUGAUUUCCACUUCUGCACGGAGAAUAGAAUUAAACAGAAUGUGGAAAGCCAACCUGGGAAUGAGUACAAGGAGCUGGAUUUUGCAGCAGUACUGAGGAAGCAUCCCCCUUCUCCGGUGCGAAUGCCGAAGGGACCCACUGUCCCCAAACCCUUCAAUCUGUCCCAGGGAAACAAAAGAAAACUUGAAGAAGCAACAACAGAAUACGUGUCCUUUGCUGAGCAGGUAGAAGCAUUCCAAAAACGCACACCCCCUCGUUACCAUUUGAGGAGCAGGAAAUCUGAGGAAGGCUCAGUUUCAGAAAAGCCAGCGAAGGCUCGGCUCACACACCCCAAAACACCAGUGCUUCGAACAAAGCARCGCUUGAGACCUGUCACCUGCAAAACUGCAGCAGAGUUAGAAGCAGAGGAAAUAGAGAAAAUUCAACAGUACAAGUUCAAAGCACGAGAACUVAAUCACAAAAUCUUUGAGGGUGGGCCACUGCUGCCCAAGAAACCCCCGGUGAAGGAGCUCACCCAACCCAUCGGCUUUCAGCUGGAAAUAGAAAAAAGGAUUCAAGAGCGCGAGAGUAAGAAGCCGCAGGAGGAAGAGCGCUUCAAAUUCCAUUCCAGACCAUGUCCCACAAAAAUCUUGGAGGAUGUUGUGGGUGUUCCAGARAAGAAAGCACUUCCUGUUACAGUCCCCAAGUCUCCAGCCUUCACCUUGAAAAGCAGAACCCGCGUGUCUGGCAGAGAAGAAGAAAAGGAAAAAGAGGAGGUGGCUGUGACCAAAGCUAAUCCUAUGCCACAUUAUGGAGUGCCCUUCAAACCCAAAAUGCCAGAGCACAGGCAUGUGGAAGUUUGUCCCUUCUCUUUUGAUGCCCGGGACAGAGAACGACAAAUACAAAAAGAGAAAAAAAUUGAAGAACUACAGAAGGAAGAGGUGCCAAAGUUCAAAGCGCAGCCUCUGCCUUACUUUGACCAARUUAAACUGCCAGAAAAGAAGGUCAAAACCCCAACCCAGCCUGAGCCSUUUCAUCUGCAGGUGGAUGAACGAGGAGCUGCCAAGCUCCAGAGCUGGAAACAGCAGCUUGAAGAAGACUUGAAAAGGCAGAAAGAAGCAGCAUGUUUUAAAGCUCGUCCCAACACUGUGAUGUACCAGGAGCCUUUUGUGCCCAAAAAGGAACAUAAGAUGCUAUCAGAGAGCCUUUCUGGUUCUGUAGUUCCUGAAAGCUUUGAGCUGGCAACAGAAAGAAGAGCAAAAGAACGGCAAGAAUUUGAAAAACGAUUGGCAGAYGCAGAAGCCUUAAGGGAGAGGUAUGAGGAGCAGAUCAGGCAGCAACAAGAGGAGCGUGAAAGGGAAGAAGUUGCUAAGCUAAGACAAGAAAUGGUUCACAAGGCAAACCCMAUACGCAGAUACCGCAGCGUAGAAGUGAAGGCCAGUGACCAACCACUGACUAUGCCAAAGUCUCCCAACUUCUCAGAUAGAUUCCGGUGCUGAUGAGCAUCCACGUGAUAACAGGAGGGAAAUCCCAUCCCUCUCCACUCCCUCAGGAGGAGAGAGGGAGCAGUUGUUUUUUUGCUCAGUCUGAACUCCUACGCUGGGUUCCAUUGUUGUACUGAGUAGUUAAACUCCACCUGAGCCCAUGGCAUCCCAGCAGUGUCUCCUGGCCCUGCUGCUUAUCCAGAACCCGUGUUGUCUAGAGGACAAGUUUUAAUAUUGCAGAUAUUGUCUACCUAGCUAAAUAAAAAUUCCUAAUCUACUCGCUGUCUCUGGCUAGUGGGCUGAAGCCCUUUCCUGCAGAGUUUUUGGUAAAGACUGACCACGCAGAUGUGCACAUCUGGCAGCGCUGCCUUUUGUUUGUACACUAAGUGYUAUUAUCAAAUGUCUGUUUUUUAGCCUUUUAGUCUGCAUUAAGUUUGAAUUGUGUUAAGUGAUGUGAAGUUCCUUCAAGCCAGUGUAGUGCAGGUCUGACCUUUCUUGCUGAUGUUUAGAUGAACACCAAUAUAAAUCUUGCCCACGCUUUAAAGUAGCUCUCUGUGUACAUUAGAGCAUUAAAUCUUCUUGCUGUUUUAUACCUGAAGUCCUUCUAUUUGGGGAACCUUUUAACUGGCAAGUGACUUGMUGUGAGCUGCUGCCCCAGCUCCUGCCAGUACAGGUCUCUUGGCUACAAAGCCAUCAGCAUCUCUGGCCAGUUGGGCAGCGAGCAGAACUAAAUAUAGCCCGAGUGUUCAAAUGUAUGGAGGACAAAACUGCUGGCAUUGUGAAGAGUGGACACAUCUAGAUUAAAGUUUUAAUAAUUAUUUCUUACCUUAGUAUUGUGCUCUGAUUUCUUACCUUUGUAUCUUGCUGGAACACAAGUGAGCAGGGYUGCUUGCUGCUGUUGUGCUGCUUAGAACAGAGGGGGAGAAAGGGAAAUGUAAUUUAUCCUAACUGGAUGAACUUUCUUGUUUGGUGGUUAUGGGAAACGUUUGCUUUAAUUUCCUCUGAAUUUGGAUACUGUCGAAGAUGUAUUCCCAGAGUGCAUAGCUUUUUGUUCAGAUUUUUGGGUGAAAAAGAGAGUUCARACUUGGUGUUGAACUCCAGCCAAGKGGAGGGUUAGAGGUGCUGUCUCAUUCUUGCCAAAGUACAUCAAACAAUUGCUAUUUUACUCCUAGACUGAGAGAGGUAACAGUGGAGAAGGUCUUUAGAGAGCAAAAUUCCAAGUAUUUAUUGUACUCGAGGGAUGAUGUUUCUGCAGGAAUUCUCCUAAAAAGAGUGAUGYUCAAGAGAUGUCAUUGCAGAACAGCUGGGGUCUCUAUAGAAGUGUUUCAAAGAGCACCAGCCUCACACUUCAGAGCUGGGAUUAAAAGAGGAAAAGCCACCCCCAYUGAAAUGCAAAGAUUCUUUAAAGAAAUUAAAGCUUUUGGACAGCUGGUAACUGAGGAACUGGAGAAUGAGAGGCUGGGGGCAGGGGGUUGGCACUAAAGGAUGAAUGACCCUGUGGCAGUGUGGGUUCUUGGAAAUGGUGAGCUCAGACAUGGCUCCUUUUUGCUCAAGCUUCAGCUUUUCCUUCCCUACUCUUGAGGAUUUUUGUGUAGCUGUGGCAGAGCUUAGCCCAAAAGCUUGACCCAAUCACCCAGUUUUUCUGACUUUGCUCAUAGYCAUGUCACUGAGCUGAGAGCUGCAGGACAGCCAGMAAAACUGCUGUCACUKCUGCUGUGACARUUUGCAGGAGUGGCUGGAGCACAAGGGACAUGUCAGCAUCCUCUUCUUGAAAACUAAAAUCCAUGUGGAUCUGACCUGUCUUGCCUUAACCCCAUUUGUGUCAUGGUGGAACUGUUCCCUGUGAUCUGCUACCGGCUGGGGACAUCACAGAACCUCAGACGUGCUGUCAGGGAGCCCUCACUCUUUCCUCAAGUGCCAGCUCKGGAGAAGGCAGCGUGUGGGCAGCAGGAGCAGCUAAUAUUUAUGAUGAGUCAGGAGGAAGCUGGAAUGAUGAUGAGCUGCUGAAGAAUGUGGAGGCAAGCAGGAUCAGGAGGCUGUGGAGCUGGAGCAGCCACUGAUCCCUGAAGGAUGAAGUAGCUGGAUUUCCCCGAUGGCCCUACAUGGCCUCUUCUGCCUUGAGGAAGGAAGGGGUUGUGUGCCUGACAGCUUGGCARUAUUUUUUCCCCAGUGGUAUCAUUUGGGUCUAAUAAAAGACAUUACAACUU